AUGCCUGCUCCACAGCCACCGCCAAUGAAGAAUUGGCCGCACAACUUCGAUAAAUACUAUGUGUUUAAGCGUCUUGACAUAAUAGAAAGCCCCAUGGAACAACAGGCUCUCCGAACUCUAGCACAAGAAAUCUAUGCUAUCGUAGUGGCUGAUGCUAUCAAACAAGGACGAAAUUCCCACAACCUUUUCCGAUCGAGCUCUUCGCGCAAUCAAAUCCAAUAUGAGUGGCGCAAGCGAAUGCCAAGAAUCCCAGUGCUUAUUAGAAAUCAUGUAACGGAUACCGAGCUUCUCAGCGCGGCGCUGUAUAAAUACCUCAAUUGUAUACAAGACGAGUUGGGAGAAGAAUAUCUGGCACAGCAAAAUCCAGCAGCAGUGGGACAAAAGAUAGUAAAGGUGGCUAAUCCAGCAGCAGGAAUAGCAGCAGGAGCAGCAGAAGUAGUAGCAGGAGCACCGGCAUUAUCGCUGACACCACAACAACUGGGAGCACGACGACUAGCAGCACGGCAGCUAGAACAAGAACAGGAAAGACCGAGCAGAUUCGACUAUCGUCGGCCCUAUAUAGUACCCAAUGGCGAUAUCCAGAUUAUCCGAGCAGAUUACCCGAACAUGCCAAUUGCAAUUAGGGUGAGUGACUUUUUAACAAACAGAGGAGACCCGACAGACGUAUGCCCGGAUGGGGAUUGGGUCAACAUCGCCAACAUUAAGUUCGACUUGUUCAGAUCAAACCUCAAUAAAGAAGGCUAUCUGGCAGAUGGGGAUACAGUAUGGCUACACCAUCUAUCUCUAGAUGAAAUUAAUCCUGCGCUGAUAACUAAUCCACAGGCUGGUGAAGUACGACUGACUUCCUUCAAUGUUGCAUCUACACUAUUGAGAACUAUCCGUGAGCACUGGCCUAGGCUUCGAAACCCGUCUCCUGAUCCCUUCGAAGGUUCAAAUCGCUCACCAUUACCCAGACCUAACCUGACUAUUAUUAUUCGAGGUGCCAACGUAACAGGUGGUGCUCUAUCUGCUAACCAGCCAGCGUUGAAUCGUCCCGAGCAACGGAUGGGUAACAACGCGAUCACUCCUAACCGCCGUACUGAACAGGCAAACCGAUAUGCGGCCAACAAACACGCUAGAACUAAGCGAAAGAGGGCCGAAGCGGCCGCAGGAGCCGAAGCAGGAGCCGAAACAGCAGACGAAGCUGAUAACGAGACGGAUGCUCCAGCCGCUCAAAGGAUAAAGGUAACAGCGAAGACUGCCGCUGCCACUGCCGCCGCUAUUGAUCCUGCCACUGCUGCUGCACCUGGUCCCGGUUUUCCUCCAGAUCCUGCCCUAGGCGCUGUCCCAGAAGGUACCACCUGGCAAGAACUUGAAGGCAGGGAUGACGAUGAUGGUAUUUCGGGCGCGUUUUUAGAUCCUGCAUUGUUUAAUGAAGAAGGACUUGUAGUGGGUAGUGAUGGCGCUGCCUUAGAUGCAUUUUUUCAGGAGAAUCAAUGGGCUGAGACUGGGGCUGAGGCUGGAGAACCGAUGGAGGAGUGA